CUUUUUUACCAGGUUAAAGGAGAUAUGUGUUUGAAGAUAAUUGAAAAUGGGAAACCAAAAGACAUCGUCAUCCGAGAAGGGGAGAUGUUCCUCCUACCUGCUAGGAUACCUCAUUCUCCUCAGAGAUACGCAAACACUGUGGGUCUUGUGAUUGAGAGGGAAAGAUUAAAGACAGAAAUUGAUGGGCUCAGAUACUAUGUUGGAGAAUCAACUAACGUCCUCUUUGAAAAAUGGUUUCACUGUGAAAAUCUCGGCACUCAACUUACACCAAUAAUUCAAGAGUUUUUCAAUUCAAGGCAAUAUAAAACCGGAAAACCAAAUCCAGAUGAACUCCUGAAAGAAACACCUUUCCCGCUAAAUUCUGCUGCUGUUAUGGAGACAUUUUCCUUCCAAGACUGGUUAAACAAUCACCGUGGCAAAAUAAAACAGAAGAAAUCGUUGAGUAUGUUUGGAGAUAACUUUGAAACAGAGGUCAUAGCUUACGGACCAGGAACAACUGAGAAAAGUAAAAACAAUUCAGAUAUCUGGAUAUGGCAGCUGGAGGGCACAUCUACUGUUACCAUGGAUGGUAAAACCCUGCCUCUAUCUGCUGAUGACAGCCUGCUUGUCCGUGCGCAGUCUACGUACUGCUGGAAAAGAGCAGAAGACUGUGUUGCUCUCGGCAUUGCUCAGGAUCCAAAACGCAAGCAGCCUUAUGCCUAG